GUUUCUUGAAGAGUCUCCAAAAUGGACAAGCUCAUCUCUCUCUUUGUUUUUUCAGCACUCUCACAGAUUGUAGUGUCUCAUGUUCCCACUGAGACGUCUUUCAGAGCCAACAUCGAGUUGGUGUCAGGACAUUCAAGGAUCUUCUCGGGGGAGAGAGCACACUUGAGAUGCAGUAUUCCUGAUGUGCACAGGUCUAACUGGACCUACCUGUGGUUCAGGGGCUCUGAGGAGCUCUCACAGACUGGGCAGGAAUUAAAUCUGUUGAAUACCAAAGUUCAAGAGAGCGGGAAAUACUACUGCCAAGGAACAAGAAACACGAAGGUGGGAAAGAUUCGCACCCAGCAAAGUGUCCCUGUGGAGCUCAAGGUGGACGGUGGCUGGGCGAUUCUGCAAGUCCCACGACAUCCUCAACUUGUCGGGAGCACAUUGGAGGUGACAUGUCGUGUCAGAGGGAACCCCCGACUUGAAGAGAUUAUUUUGUACAAAGAUGGCGUUGAAGUAAUGAGACAAAACGGUCACAAGCCAGAUUUCUAUCUGACCAACUUGAGCCUUGAGGACCUAGGAGUAUAUUCUUGCAGGGCUUCCUGGGAUGUGAUGGGACAAACACACUCUGUCAUUUCUGCUGGUGCUCAUGUACAGAUCUUAGAGGUUCUGUCACAGCCAGUUUUGAAGAUCAUCCCCAACUAUGAUACUCAGCUAAAGAGGAUGAAGCUCAUUUGCCAUGUGCAGUACAACGCCCCUGCUCCUGCCCCUCCGAUAGACUUCUAUUUCUACAAAAAUAACAGGCGACUGGGACCUGCAACCUCUGACAACUAUAAUGUAGUGAAACAGACUCCAGGGCUGUACAGCUGCAAGGCCAGGGUGCCUCAGUUGGACCUCUCGAAGUCCAGUGAACCCAAAAACUUUGGACAAAUAAGAGAACCUGAGAAGAUGCCACCUCUUCAUCCUGGACAAAGGCCAGUAUUUCGCCUUGCUUCAGCCACAGAUGACUUCCCACCUGCUGCUGCUUCAUUACCAACCUCCCCUAACCUCUCCUCUCACCAGCCGAUCCAGUUCACUCCAGUAAAGAGCACACCAUCACAAGCGCCUCCACUGAAGACUUCAUAAGCAGUCCCAACCACUUUGCUGACUACAGACCAGGAUUUUAACUCAGCUACAACUCAAGAUCAGGCAAAUUGAUUGGAGGAACCUGGUAACAUGUCUGGGGACAUAAACAUAGUAACUAACUGACAAUAAACCAGUAAACCAGUCACCAGUAAACAUCCACAACAUAAGAUGUACUGGCUGGUUUACCAAAACAUUUCUUAUAACUUUCACUGAAACUAGCUAAUUGUUUUCUAUCAUAUUUCUGAUGAAACAACACAGUUACAGGCUAAUGCAGGAGAGAAACAUCAUUUAGCUAGCGCACCCACGUUACUAGCGUUACCCAAGGAUAACCUGAAUUAACCCCCUUAUUUGGUCACGUUACUUUAAAUAAGUAUCAAUUUUACAUAAAUGUAUAUACUGCUCGUCUACCGCUCUCACCUGAAACGCAGCAAAACAGCAGUUGUGUGUUACUGAUGGUAACUGAUUACUACUUUUAUAAGGGAUUACUUUGUCAGUCACUCAUUUGUGUGAUCCGCCACUGCCACCUACUGGCGGAACUAAAUAUCGCCUUAGCAUCAAAUCAGGUGGGAGGAAAUGAGCUUUUCACUCUGUGUUAUGAUGUCAACUAUUGUCACAACAAAAGCAAAAAAAAAAAAAAGUGAUUGGGGGGGCACAUUAAAAGAAGUUCAUCAAAUUCUGAGACUUUUUUAACACUUAAAAUACUCAGGGUGCCACACAGCCUCUCUGUGACAACGUAGCAUACAUUACAAACCAAACCCCUCUACUAAUCACGCUGCGUCAUUGUCACAGUUCUGUACUGAACUGUGCAAUUUUUUAUCUUUUUGAAUUAUUUCCAGUUAACAAACAUCAAGCGCUGUACCAGAAUUGUUGGAGAUAUCUAACACAUACAUGUUAAAAUCAAA